CAGGAACUGACGUCUCCUCUGAGCAAAGUAGAUGGAAAAAAAUGCAGCUGCAGGAAAAAUGGCUCCAAACACCGCACCGCUGAAAGGUGUUUAAAGCUUUCGUCCGCAACCCUCUGGCCACACUGACUUGAAACCCAUCACACUCAUGGCACCUUCAAGUUGACAGAAUGGCCCAGAUAUCAAGUGGUAAUGGGUUUAAGCUGGAUGUCCCCCAGCCGAAGGGGGUUGUGGGUAAAGAGGAGGCCCUCCGCAUGGAGUCGGAGGCUUUAGCAAAACUGCAAAGAGAGAAGAGACACACUCUUUCAGCUUCAGCAUCCUUGUCUUCCUCUGGAGCAUCCUCAUCCUCCUCGAAACCAAAACCAUCUAAAUCUACCACUACUGUUCAUCAACCUACACCCUUUAUUAGUAGACCAGAAAAGGACCUCAUAGUCUUCCCCGAGACCAAGAAGCAGGUAGAGCAGGAUAAGUUCAGGGAUAUUGAUGUGGACAAGCUGACCAACGAGGAACUUGAAAAGCUCCUCCUGGAUGACAAUUUCGGCGCUAACAGCAAAGUUACCCGCCCCUCUUCACUGCUGGGGUUUAACCUCAGCGCCUCCUACCCCGGUGGCCAUGCCUGUAGCUCCUCUCCUUUCCAGAGUAGUCAGUGGCCGUCUGUUCUGUCCACCCCGUCAAACUCCAGCGUAUCCACUCCCACCCAUCAGCCUUCCCCGUUGUUCCCCUCCGCUCCAUUCCCCAAACCCACAUUUCAGAAUGGCUUCACUCCAGCCAUGUCACCCUUCAUGGCCCUGCCGGCUCCACAGCCAUCUUACAUGCCCUUCACUCCAAUCCAGCCCGCCACCGCCAUGGUCUUCCCGCAGCCGACCGUGGACCCGGAGAUGGCCAAACUGUUCGACAAGAUCGCCAGCACCUCUGAAUACUUGAAGAACGGCAGAUCGGCAAGCACUGACAUAGAUUCCUCUCAAGCGUGCCCAGCUUCUCUGGCGCCUAACCCACCGCCACAGCAGCCAGUAGUGAUAGAACCUCCUAGCAUCAGCCGCUUUGACUGGCUGGAUCUGGACCCACUCACGAAGCGCAAAGCCGAGAACGAGGAAGCGUCCACGGCAUCGGGGGGCGCCGAACAGACAGUACAAGGGGGCGCCGCUGCGGGGGAUCCUUGGGAUGCGGUGCUCGAGACCGAAGGGAACAGUAGUAGCAGUAGCCCACCGUCAGAGGGGAAGGCGACGCUGACAGUUCGCUCACAGCAGAGGAGGGCGUCAGCGGGGGCGGCUGUCACCAGGAGUCACUCGCUCAACAUCCCAGGAACCUCCUCCCCGCACAAACCAAACAAUCAGGACAAGGGAAAAGGAAAAGGUUUGGCGAGGAAUGCCGCCUUGGAGGAACAAGACGCUCAGAACCUGGAGGUUGUCGCCUUCUGUGAAGACGUAGCAACCCUGCGCUCCAAAUUCCCGCAUGACAACACGUCCACCAACCCCGGCUACGUUCUCAGUCCUGUCAUCACCCAGAGAGACAGCGGAGGUGAUAAUAGCUGCUCUGUCAAGGUUUCUAUUGAAAUCUCUGAAUCUCAGCAGCCGGUAACCUUCACCUGUGACGUGAGUUCUCCCGUGGAGUUGUUGAUCAGUCAGACUCUCUGCUGGGUCCACGAUGACCUGGACCAGGUCGACUUCUCCAGCUACCUGCUCAAAGUCUGCGGCCAGGAGGAAGUGCUGCAGAAUAAACACAGCCUCGGCAGCCACGAGUACGUCCAGAACUGCAGGAAGUGGGAGAAUGAGAUCACAUUACAACUUCUCUCUCACUCCACCAUGAGAAGGGACUUGGCGCGAGCUGCCGAAGAUGAUAACGCUCCAAUACACUUAGAGAAGCACCUGGGCGAGGUGGAGAGGCCGUUCAAGGAGAAUGUCACCAGACAAGGCCUGGCCGACUAUCUGGAAGGCUAUCACAAUCAAGUCAACACCUGCCUACAAAAUGAGAGCACCCAGUAUAAGACAGUGGACCGGGUGGUGCAGACUGUGAAGAACUUCUGCUGUGCUCUGGAUGAGGUGGAGACCCAGGCCAUCACAGAGGCCAUCAAAAGGCUGCGACACUCUAUCAAUUUACCCAGGACACGCUCACCUAAGAUGGGAUCCACAUCAUCCGGUCAAUCAUCAAAUGGUCACACCAGUCCUGUGGAGGAGGGCAUGGCCUUGCUAACACAGGCUGUCUACGACUUGGCAAAGCUCUACCUGCGUUCCUUCUGCCCUCCAUCCCUCUCCUACAGCUCAUCCCCCCAGCCUCACGCUGCAGAUGGAGACACUGUGGAGGGGAUGGGCAGUAAAGAAGCCUCUGGCACGACAGACCACCUCCAGUUCACCCUGUUCGCUUUGCACGGCAUCCCGCCCAAUUGGAUCAGCAGUUAUGAGAAGUACUUCCUGAUGUGUUCCCUCACACACAAUGGCAAGAACUUGUUUAAACCGAUCCAGUCCAAGAGAGUGGGCACAUACAAAAGCUUCUUCUACCACAUCAAAUGGGACGAACUGAUCAACUUCCCCAUAGCGGUCGCUGUGCUCCCACUGGAGUCCACACUGAGCCUGACCCUUUUCGGGGUGCUGAACCAAAAUGCCAGCGGCUCACCCGACUCUAACAAACAGAGAAAAGCUCCAGAGCUGCUGGGCAAAGUGUCUAUGCCGCUCUUUGACUUCAGACGGGUGCUUGCCAGGGGCAGCAGGCUGCUGUGCCUGUGGAUGUCUAACCAGGGAGUCGCUAGUGCUGCCGGCUCCACGGGCAUCCGCAAGAGGAUUCCCACAGAGAGAGUCAUACUGCAGGUCGACUUCCCCAACUCACCAGUGGAAGUUUUAUACGUGGGACCCAAAGAAGCUCCCAGCCCAGAGCCCAACACGCUGGAGGAGCUGGACCCAGACCUCCGACGCAAACUGGAGAAAAUCUGCAGCCGUGCUUCCAAUUUCGGGCUUAAGCGGGCAGAUCACCAGCUCUUAUGGGACCAUCGGCUCCACUGUCGGAGGGACCACCCCAGCAGCCUCCCCAAGGUGUUGGCCAGUGCACCCAGCUGGGACUGGGCCAGCAUGGCUCACAUUCAUUCCCUGCUGCACCACUGGCCACUGCUGCCUCCCGUCACUGCGCUGGAGCUGCUCGACUCAAAGUUUGCAGAUACAGAGGUGAGAAGUGUGGCUGUUAGUUGGAUCGCGAAGAGCAGCGAUGAUGAGCUGGCUGAUUACCUGCCGCAGCUAGUUCAGGCUUUAAAGUUUGAGUGUCACCUGAAGAACGCCCUCGUCAUGUUCCUGCUGUCCAGAGCACAAAGCAACAUUAUCAUCGCGCACUACCUCUACUGGCUGCUGAAGGACGCCGUGCAGGAUCCUGGUUGGGGGCGACGAUACGAGCGGGUGCUGGGUGCCCUUCAAUGUCUUUGUGGAAGCAAGCUGAGAGUGGAGCUGGAGAAACAAACUCACCUGGUCACGCUGCUCGGAACCGUGGCCGAGAGGGUCAGACAGGCCGGAGGGUCCACCCGACAGGCAGCACUGCAGGAGGGUCUUGAAAACGUCCAGAACUUUUUCCAGAGGAACAGCUGCCGACUGCCCCUCAGCCCCAGUCUGGUGGCCAAGGAGCUAAACCUCAAGACAUGCUCCUUCUUCAACUCCAACGCAGUUCCUCUCAAGCUGGCCCUGGUCAACGCCGACCCGCUGGGAGAAGAGAUCAAUGUUAUGUUCAAGGUGGGAGAAGAUCUGAGGCAGGACAUGCUGGCUCUGCAGAUGAUCCGCAUCAUGGACCGCAUCUGGUUGCAGGAGGGGCUGGACCUACGCAUCGUUAACUUCAAAUGCAUCUCAACGGGCAAGGACAAAGGCAUGGUGGAGCUGGUGCCAUCCUCCGACACCCUGAGAAAGAUCCAGGUGGAGUACGGAGUCACCGGAUCUUUUAAGGACAAACCUCUGGCUGAGUGGCUCCGCAAGUACAACCCUGCUGAGGACGAGUAUGAGAAGGCAUCAGAGAACUUCAUCUACUCAUGUGCCGGAUGCUGUGUCGCAACUUACGUUCUGGGCAUCUGCGAUAGGCACAAUGACAACAUUAUGCUGCGCUCUACUGGUCACAUGUUUCAUAUCGACUUCGGCAAGUUCCUGGGCCACGCCCAGAUGUUUGGCAGCUUCAAAAGGGACCGAGCUCCGUUUGUUUUGACCUCUGACAUGGCGUACGUCAUCAACGGAGGCGAGCGUCCCACCAGUCGCUUCCAGCUGUUCGUAGACUUGUGUAGCCAGGCCUACAACCUGAUCCGCAAGCACUCCGGACUCUUCCUCAACCUGCUGUCACUGAUGACGUCGUCAGGCCUCCCAGAGUUGACUGGCUCUCAGGAUCUAAAGUAUGUGUUUGAUGCUCUGCAGCCUCACAACACAGAUGCUGAAGCCACGAUCUUCUUCACCAGGCUAAUAGAGUCCAGUCUGGGCAGCGUGGCCACCAAGUUCAACUUCUUCAUCCACAACCUGGCUCAGCUACGGUUCUCUGGUCUUCCAGCAAAUGAUGAGCCAAUCCUGUCCUUCUCCCCUAAGACAUACACCCUAAAACAGGAGGGCCGCAUCACGAACUCUUCCAUUUUCUCCUUUCAGAAGAGAUACAACCCUGACAAGCACUAUACGUAUGUGGUGAGGAUCAUGAGGGACGGUCAGAAUGAGCCUCAGUUUAUUUUUCGCACCUUUGAUGAGUUUCAGGAGCUCCACAACAAACUCACCAUCCUCUUCCCCCUCUGGAAGCUGCCGAGUUUCCCAAACAAAAUGGUGCUUGGUCGCACCCACAUCAAAGAAGUGGCAGCAAAGAGGAAGAUGGAGCUCAACAAUUACGUCCACAACCUGAUGAGGAGCUCCACAGAGGUCACGCAGUGUGACCUGGUCUAUACCUUCUUUCAUCCGAUUGCACGGGAUGACAAGACUGAAGGCUUAGAGGCCACGCCCAAAGAGCCAGAGCCUCCACUGAGUCCCACCUCUGGUCGGGUGGAAGGAGAGGUGAAACUCUCAAUCUCCUACAGGAACAGCAAUCUCUUCAUCAUGGUGAUGCACAUCAGAGACCUGGUUUCUGAAGACGGAACAGAUCCCAACCCAUACGUGAAAACCUACCUGCUUCCAGAUCCACAAAAGUCUUCCAAACGCAAGACAAAGAUCUCAAGGAAAACCAGGAACCCUACUUUCAAUGAGAUGCUGGUGUACAGCGGCUACAGCAAGGAAACCCUGGGCAUACGUGAGCUGCAACUGAGCGUGCUCAGCGCCGAGUCGCUGCGUGAGAACUACUUCCUGGGCGGCAUCACGCUCAGACUCAAAGACUUUGACCUCAGCAAGGAGACGGUCAAGUGGUACAAACUUACGGCCGUCCCCUACUUCUAAACUCCCACCUGCCUUUCCCAAAAUGGGGGACAUACCCCGCCUCUCCAGACAAAAGCUGCAUUCACAUCACAUGGGGAAGGCAGUAGAUGCGACCUUACUUGAAAAUACUGGUCACCUCAGCUUUCAGUUCAAAUACUACUUCAGAACUUGGGGGGUCUGGAAAUUGACCCUAUUCUUUUCUAACAUCAACAAACAGGAUGAUUUGGAAGCAAUAAUGAGUGAUUUUUUUUUUCAUUUAAAAUCAGGCAAACCAAAUGGAACAUUUCCUUCACACAAAUCAUGUUAUGAUUAGUAUUAAUUUUAGACAGGACACAGCUAUUCUUGUUGCUGAAAUGAUGUAUUACUAAGUGUAUAUGUACUGAUUCUCCAGAAAACUCCCCAUCAUGGCAUCCUCACAGAUUCAAACUAGGUUAAAAACUCUCCAGUCGUUGCUUUUAACCAUCCUCAUGUUGCUCCAACGGUUAUUCCCAUAUGACAUGAAUGCAGAACUCCUCAAAGGACGACCGAACAGGCUGAUUCAAACACCCUCAAAGGGAAGCCUGAUCUCCACUCCUCACUAUUUUUUCUCUUUCCCUCUUCAACUAAUCAAGAUUGUUUCUGUGACAAACAAUCUCCACUUAUUUUGUCUCUCUUUUCCUAAACUAUAACGAAGAGCUGUAAUGUUUUGUACAUUUUGAUAUUAGAGGACCAAAACAGCUUACUUUCAGAAGAGUAUAUAUAGAUUGACACAUUUAUUUUUUAAGGAAUAGAAAGGGGGCUCAUUUUUACAUUUUCCUUGUUUUCUAUCUAGACAAAUAGGAGGCAUCACAGUUUCCUGCUUUACGGCAGAUGCUUAUGGGUAGAGUAGUUCAACACACCAGAUCCCAGGAAAUCAACAGUGACCUUAUGAUUCCCCCAAAUGUGCCAAAAGUACUGAGAGGGACAGCAAAUCAAACCACUCUCCCGAGUAGGGAGCUGAACAGGGUGCCUUUGUUUGUGCUCACAAUCUCUUUUUAAUGCUCAACUUGGCCUUAUUGCUAGAUAUAUUUUAUUAACAAUGUGAUGUCCUUAUUAAAGAAACAUCUAUAUUCUAUAAAAGCUAUAUCAGUAGUUCUUCCUGCGCAGGUCUGGUGCCAGACCAGCACCAUAAGGUGUUUUUGUAACAGUGGACUGCCACUAAAUGCACACUACCAGGUCUUUCUCUCAUGGUUUUACUUGACUAUUUCAACACAGCACCCCUUAAGGGGAAUUUGUAUCAUAAGCUUUGGAACACGCUCUUGUCAGUGCUCAUGAUGAAGAGAUUAUAGUUGCCCGAUAAUGCUGAUCAAAAGUUAGUUCAGUUUUUCCUGCAAGUGGUUUAAUACCACAAUUCAGACUUUUUGAAAUAGCAUUUUAGGAACUGAGUUACUGCUGGAGUCUGGACAUGAGGCUGUUUCAGCUCGGCCAGCAAUACCACUCUCACUUCCAGUGCAUACCAGUGGUGUAAUGACGCCGUGAUGAGCUACUGGGUAAAAAGUUUUUCUAUAACUGCCAGUGAAGUCCAACUCCAGACCGGUUUUAUGACAUGUAAGUGAGAAAACUUUCUGAAUGUUGAGGGAAUUUCAGGCAAACUGAACACAGAUCAGCGCCGAAAAGGCAACUUUAACUUCAAACAUCUUCAAAAAAAAAGGGAACAAGAUCCUGAGCAAGAGAUUAGCUGCUUUCCUCUCCACUAGCUAACUAUAAAUCUAAAGUUGUUGUUAAUGUUUAAUAAAGAAAUUAAGAUGAAUUUAUCUGAAAUUUUUUUUGUUUUUUUUAAAGAUCUACAAGACAAUUAUGAUCUAAGAGCUACACUCACAAUAUCACUAUGAAUAUUAGUGACUUGAUACACUCUUUUAGUGACUGUACAAAGGAAGCAAGCAGAGUUUGUAUUAACAUGGCCAGUUAUUUAUUCUUAAUUGGUGACCUGUAACCCGAAUCAGUUUGUACUGUAAUCCCUCUUUCCUAAAGCAAAUUAAAUGUUUUUG